AUGGGCUUAGAAAGCCUAUCACCCGAGGGACCACCCAGCCAUCCACACAAGGGGGAGGCCUCUGUCUGCUGGCGGCUCACUGUGAGGGUCCUGGAGGCACGGAGGCUGCGUCAGGCUGAUUUAUUGAGUGAGGCAGACCCGUAUGUGAUCCUGCAGCUGCCAACUGCUCCUGGAAGAAAGUUCAGGACCAAAACAGUCUCCAACUCCAGUCAUCCUGUAUGGAACGAGACUUUCCAUUUCCUCAUCCAGAGUCGGGUCAAGAAUGUUCUGGAGCUGAGCAUCUAUGAUGAAGAUUUAAUUACAAAGGAUGAACUCUGCUUCAAAGUUUUCUAUGACAUCUCAGAAGUCCUUCCUGGCAAACUGCUCCAGAAAACCUUCUCCCUGGCUCCCCAGGGACAGGAAGAGCUAGAUGUGGAGUUUCUAGUGGAAGAAACGUCGGAUCCUCCAGAAAAUCUGAUCACCAACAAUGUCCUUGUGGCCCGAGAGCUGUCAUGCCUGGAUGUCCAUCUGGACAGAGCAGGGAGCACCUCUGAGGUAGCAGAUCAGGAUAAACUGGAGCUGGAGCUGGUCCUGAAGGGGUCCUAUGAAGACACACAGACGUCUGCCCUGGGCACAGCCUCUGCCUUCCACUUCCACUAUCUGGCAGCCCAAGACACAGAGUUGCAUGGGUGCCUGAGGAGCUCCAGAAGCAACGGAUGGCACUCAGCCAAAUCAGUUGGGCACCUCACUGUGCCCCUGCGGUCCUUGACCAGGGGCAAAGAGGUGCCCAUCAGUAUACCUACUGCAGAUGACUCAGGAGUGAGGCUGCAGCUCAAGGCAGAUAGCUGCCCUAAGGAGUUGGCCGUGCGCCUGGGCUUUGAUCUUUGUGCAGAGGAGCAGGCCUUCCUGAGCAAGAGGAAGCAAGUUGUGGCCAAGGCCCUGAAGCAAGCCCUGAAGUUGGACAGAGACCUACAGGAGGAUGAGGUCCCUGUUGUGGGCAUCAUGGCUGAAGGAGGAGGUGUCCGGGCCAUGACCUCACUCUACGGACAUCUCCGAGCCCUGCAGAAGCUAGGCCUCUUGGACUGUGUCACCUACCUGAGUGGUAUCUCGGGUGCUACAUGGGCAAUGGCCCACCUGUAUGGGGACCCCGAGUGGUCGCAGAAGGACCUCCAGGGACCCAUCAGCCACAUCAGGGAGCAUCUGGCCAAGAGCAAGCUGAGGGCCUUCUCCCCGGAGCGCCUGGCAUGCUACCGGCGGGAGCUGCAGCUGCGGGCCUCGCAGGGUCACCACACCACAGCUGUGGAUCUCUGGGCUCUCUUGCUGGAGUUCAGCCUGCACGGCCAGGUGAUGGAUCAGACACUGUCAGGACAGAGAGAUGCACUGGAGCGGGGUCAGAACCCUCUGCCCCUCUACUUGAGCCUCAAUGUCAAAAAGGACACUGUGGACACCCUCCACUUCAAGGAGUGGGUCGAGUUCUCCCCCUAUGAGGUCGGGUUCCUGAAGUAUGGAGCUUUUGUUCCUCCUGAGCUCUUUGGUUCUGAAUUCUUCAUGGGGCGAUUGAUGAGGAGGCUCCCUGAGUCCCGGAUCUGCUUUCUGGAAGGGACCUGGAGCAACAUUUUCUCCGUAAACUUGAUGGACACCUGGUAUAACCUUGCCUGGUCUGGGGAGGAAUGGAAACAGCAUGUCAAGGAUGAGAUACACUGCACAGAGGAGCCAGGAGAUUGCUUGAGGACCUCUUCGUGGAUGGAGUCCUCCUGGCUGCAGCCUGGAUCGGCCCUGGCACAAGCAUUUAAGGGCUUCCUGACAGGGAGGCCACUCUGCUACCAUGGUGCCAACUUCCUCCGUGGCCUUCAGCUACACCAGGGCUACUGCGGCCAGAAAGACUUCUCUACUUGGGCGGAUUGCCAGUUGGACUCCACCCCUAGCAAGCUGACCCCCCAGGAACCCCAGCUCUGCCUGGUGGACACCGGCUACUUAAUCAACAACAGCUAUCCCUCCAUGUUCCGGCCAGGCCGCAGGCUAGACCUCAUCCUCUACUUUGGCUACGCCUUGUCCUCAAAGUUUGAGGCACUGAAGCAGGCUGAGCUGUACUGCAGAACCCAGGGGCUGCCCUUCCCCCAUGUGGAGGCCAGUGCUGAGGACGAAUGCCAGCCCAGGGAAUGCUACCUGUUCUCGGACCCUUCCUGCCCAGAGGCCCCUGUUCUGCUCUACUUCCCCCUGGUCAAUGCCUCCUUCAAGGAUCACUCUGCCCCUGGCAUCCCACGCAGUCUGGAAGAGCUCCAGGCUGGUCAGGUGGAUCUCAACAAGACCACCACACCCUAUUUCCUGCACAACAUGACCUACUCAGAGGAAGCCUUUGACCGUCUGCUGCAGCUGAAUGACUACAAUCUGCAGAACAGCCAGGGUACCAUCCUGAAGGCCUUGAAGAUGGCUCUGAAGCGCAGGGCCCCAGAAACCAUGCCUUGAGGGGUCCAGGUGUGA